UUUCCAUGUGAGUUUUCGUCGCUUAGAUUGAUGCUGCCGACUCCGGAGCGUGGGGGAAGCUAGGAAAAAACUUCCCGUGGCGCACACCCGCCUAUUAAACGUGCCCUUAUUCUCUUUUCCUUUUUGUUUUCUUUUGCUGCAUUGUCUCCAAGAGUAUACAUUGCCUCGUCUUUCUUGGCAUCGGAACGCCGCCAUGGCCAAAGAUCCUAAUGCGCCGUGGUUUCUGCCACUCAUCCACUAUCCGCUGAGCCUCUCCGGCCCACGAACUCCUCCUAAAUGCGCCCAGAAGCCUGACCAGUGCAAAUUUAUGCGUUCGUACUGGAUUAACUGGUACCAAGCCGACUAUGUAUACGGCCAUCCUACCGUCUACUUUCUUGCUACUGCGAUUGCAAUCUUCACAAUCUUUCAUAUUGUCUCUCGUUUUACACCGCAAUCUAUUAAGGUAAAACCAGUAUGGCGCAGGACCAUCUCCCUCUGCCGCUUCGUGGCGUACAAAUCGUUCCAGGUCCCUGGGACUCGGCUGGUAACGCCACCUUUGGGCGCCAUCUUUCUCGUCGCCACUGGCCUCAUCUACUUUUUCAGCAUGGUUCUUGCGCCAGGCGGCUAUUAUUAUCCGUUCGGUGGCCCUAACACAAAUCUUCCGCCUCUCUCCGCGAGGACAUCAUGGAUGAUGCUUGCGUGCUUGCCCUUUGUCAUAAUCCUCGGCGUCAAGGCCAGCCCAGUCAAGUUUGUCACUGGCAUCUCCCAUGAAAAACUAAACGCCUGGCAUGGAUGGAUUGGAUGGGUCAUAUUUGUUCUUUCCAUGGUCCACGCAUUUCCAUCCAUUGUGUUUCGAGCCCGCAAUGGACAGCUGUUUGCUACCUUUACCAAAGAUGGUGUCUACCUCACUGGCAUCAUUUCCAUCUGCAGCUUGGCUAUUCUCACCAUUCUCUCUACAAGAUGGGUUCGCGCCCGCUUCUAUGAAGCCUUCAAAGCUAGCCACAUGUUCUUCGUCAUUGUCUUCCUCGUCUUUGUCACUUGCCACGCGACAUUUGCCUUGACAGCCUGGAACUUCUUGAUUGCCAGCAUGGUCAUUUAUACCUGCUGCCUCCUCUAUGCUGUUUUCAGAACACUGUUUUACCAUGGAAUCACUCGCACGGCUCGCAUCCGCCUUGAAACACCGCACACCCUGCGUAUAUCCAUCCCUUCCAACUCAAAAUGGAGACCUGGUCAACACAUGUAUCUACGAUUCUUAACAAGCUUGGGUCUCAACGCGUUGAGUUCACACCCUUUCUCCAUCUGCACGCUACCUGCUCCCGACAAUGGCGAAAUGGUCUUUUUUGUACGCCCCAGAGGCGGCAUUACCAAGCGUCUCGCUACCUUGGCUUCCAAAUCGCCUGAUAGAACUUUGCCCGUUCUGCUAGAUGGCCCAUAUGGAGGGUUUUCGCCGAGAUGGUCCGAGGGAUUUGACAGGACAAUCAUCAUUGCUGGAGGCUCUGGUGCUGGAUUCACACUUGGAGUUAUUCAAGAUUGGCUGCGGAUUGCGGUCGGGUCUGCUCGACAGCUUGCUGUUGUCAUCGCCACUAGAGACACGGAAAUGCGUGAAUGGUACAUGGUUGAAUUACACCGCAUUCUACAGGAGCAAGGCAUAUCUUCCUUAGUGGAUGCAUCUACUAUCUCGGUAUCUAUUCACGAGACCAGUGACGCCUCAUCUAUCAAUACUGUGACGUCGCCGUCGGCGCCUGAGCUGGUAUCUGACGUAGAGAAGAAGCUGGUCGUUGAAGAUCCCACAAGUCCCAGCUCCGAGAACACAUCGUCCAUCUCUUCAUCCGGAAUAACAUACUCAACAACACGACCAGAUCUUUAUACUCUGGUGUCAGAGUACGCGGCUGUGGCCCAAGCAACUGUUGGUGUUGUUGUUUGCGGCCCAACAACCAUGAUUCACGACGUCUCCGACGCUACGGCAGAUAUCCAGCGCAAGAUUAUGGCAGGGGAUCCCAAAACUGCAUCGGAGCUUUGGAUGCAUAGCGAACCAUUCUCCUAUUAAACCAAAGUAUAGUACCAUAGAGCAGCAGUAUAUACAUAAACAUGUUCAGUUCCCAAAACAUUAAAACAGUCCAAACGCCAACCGAAGUUCUGCUAGCUAUAAAAUACACAUGACUCCGUCAUGAUGUCGUCUGUACCUUAUCACCGACCUGUAUCGCUGCAGUGCUCGAAGCCGCACUCUGAUUGUGUUUCAUGUGCAUCCCAAAAUAUACCUUGCCGUUUAUCCUCCUAGUUUUUGCCAAUGUAAGGUACGGCUCUUGUCCCUUUUCACCUGUUUCUUGAUCCACGCAGACCAUCUGGCAUCGUCGACAUGGAGCCAACACAGAGAAUGUUUGUUCACCAAUACGUACGCACGUCCAGUUAUCCUCCGACCAAGCUUGAUUUCCUGGUCCGGAGAGAAUUAUGUUGGCCCGAAAUGAUGCUGGAGAUACUUCAAUUCCACCGUUCGCUACAAUGGUUUUGUUCAAAGCAUCAAUGCUCGCGCUAUGAACCAUCAAAAUUGGGCUCUCGUUGGAUAGCAGCAGUUUCGGUGCGUCUGAUUGCUCGCUAUCCGAGUCUGGAGGAGAAGGGACGUCUGAUGGGAAUGAUCCUGGUAUCGGGUUUCGAGUAAAUGCUGAAGGACUAUUGUAAGCUGUUAACAACUUUGACAGUCUGCUCUCUUGCCCUUUGCCUCCAGGUGGGAAGCGGGCCAAGAAACAUGGGGCGCCAACAACGUCCGAAAAGAAGCUAUGGAUUGCAUUGUCAGAGUAAACCUGUGCCGACACAACAUCCCCGCAAACUCGUGAGAAGAUGCUAUUGUCGGCGCCUCUGAAAACGGUAGGGUCGGCAGACAGAGGGACGCUAACUUGGCAACUGGGUUCUCCUUGCCCGGCAUAGCGUACUCGCAAAACCCCAGCCUCGAAAUCGAUAGUUGGUUUUAAAAGAGCCAUCUUUGGAUAUCGCUUUUGAUUCAGUGCUUGUCCGGAGCCCUGAUGCACAAGACACCAUUCCCUGUCCCAUUUUAGUCCCUCGGGUUGAAGUGUCCAUGGCAUACCAUCUGGCACUACAAACCCACCACAGCUUUUGAUAGGAUAUACAAUAAUGCUCUUGAGGGAAAGUGAAGUAGGUAUAGAUGUGAUGGUCGGUUCACCUGUGCCAACCACAGCAUGGUGUUCCUGGAAGAACUCUUGGACAAAACUGAUAAAUGCAUCAGCAUCGGCUUCAGUGCUCAUAGCUCCGAAGCUGACACGGAUAACACCUGCUGGUUUGCCAUUCAACGCACUACUAUCCAUUCCACAUCUGAAUCCAGCAGAAAAGUUUUGGCGUAGCUCCCAAGGCUCCAAGUUGAGUGCGGCGGCUAUACCACCUGGACUGCACGCGCUACCAGUUCGAACAUGGAUCCGUUUUAGAACUGCGAGCUUUUCAAACUCCUCCAAGGAUGUCCAUUGUCCGAAUUGGUUCCUCAGAUUAAGGGCAAUGAUGGGUCCAGAUAGCUCUUCUGCAGGAUUAUCAGAGUAAACAUGACAGACUGGCCGUCCGUUUCCAUGCCGAAGAGUGGUCAGUGCUGAAUAUGUCCGCUCUGUCAAAUAUCGUGUAUGCUGUUUAACAGUUUCCAUGGACCCAUAGAGUCUUCUUUGGGAAUCUAGGGCUAUACCGGCCGCAAUGAUAUUGUGAAAUGGGAGAGUGCCAUCUUCCAGUGCUUCGUGUAGAAAAGAGGUUUUGCGAGCGCUCCAGUUCUCUUUCGAACAUACCACCAAAUCAACAGUGCCGCCGCCGAAAUACUUUCGCUUGUUGAAGAUAUUAGCGGCAUCAUUCUUAACCAAUAGGACACCAAGGUCUGGGAAUCCGAAUAUUUUGUACAAGCUCAAGACCACAAAAUCAGCGUCAAAAUCUGGGUGACUCAUAUCAAGCGGUGACGUCGAUGCAUAUGAUGCACAAUCCAAAAGUGUGUAAGCCCUCUCACUUGUAUGAGCUUGUUUUAAUUGUCGAGUCCAUGAGAUUGGAUAUUGCCUCCCAUCUAAAUGUGAUUGCGCUGAGUAAGAGUAUAAUGUCGGCAUUGGUUUGGUGGAUUCAGAGAAGAUGCUUUCGCCUUCCAGGAUAGUUGGUACGUCUUGGUUUGAAAAGCAUAUGCUCUCCACCGCCUCCUCACGAAUUCCAAUGACACUGGUAUGGCAAGCUUGAUGAUAGGCAUACCGAAAGGAAUCAAAGUUGGAUCGCAUCCCUUCCAGAACGAGUUUAAUGCCGGCUGUGGCAUUGGCGACAAACACCAGAUCAUACUGCGAAGACGAGGCAUUGAAAAAGUUGAGCAGUCGCAGUCGCACGUCAUCGAUUCGCGUUGUCGAAAGCUGAGAUGGUGUUGAACCAGAGUGAGGGUUUCCGUAGAGUGUUGACGUUAGUUCAGUCGCAAGGUCCUGCAUGAGCGUUUUGGAGGGUGCUGUUGAUCCAGCAUGGUCAAGAUAUGUUGCAUCUGGAUAUAGA